AUGGCGACUCGUACACCUCAUAAGCAGGAGUCUGCUGUAGCGUCUGGAGACUUCCUGGACAAGGAGUGGGUUACUGAGCACGCCCGACAGGUGUCCAGGAUGCUGCCUGGAGGCCUGUGUGUAUUGGGAGUCUUCAUUAUCACUGAGAGUGAUAGCAAGGACACGCUAACCACACUCCGACAGCUGGUGUUUGCUGUUGAGAACCUGAUCUCCUCAGAGCAUCUGUGGACCCCUGAAGAUGAUGACGUCACAGACUGUGUCACACUUCACGUCAAUCCCAAAACUAGAAAAACUUUUGAUGUCAAAGAUCCCAAGAGCAUGGCCAAGCCUGCAGACUGGAAGUACCAGUCAGGUGUAUGUUCCUCCUGGUCCAUGGUGUCGUGUUGUCUAAAUGUGGACAUGUUGCUACCUCUGCCAAACGACAGAACUGGCACAGAAAACAUGGAUGUUUGUGUUAAGGAGGGACUGAAGGCGUGGGCGGACAAGAUUAAGACUGGCUUCUGUCUGUUUGAUGGAAAAAAGCUACCUGAGGAUACAGAGCUUACAGCAGGACAGAAAAGGAAUGUGAGACAGAAGUGGUCAGCUCAGCUGCUCAUCACACCGGGUGAACGGAGGCAAACAGAUGUGAUCCAACAGUGUGGAGGCAGCAUGUCAGUCAGGGGAACAAUCCACAGCAGAGCGUAUCUACACAACAAUAAACCAAAGGCCAAGCUGGCUGAAAAGAUGGGAGGGCAGGACAGCAGCCACUCCAAUCAGGAUCCUGGGGUUAGGCAGGAAAAGGGAACACAUGGGGCCACACUUCGAGCAGUUAGAGCCAAUCAUUUCAGUGACGAGGGCCUGUGUGAGAUGACUGACCGGCUGAAGGAGAUGCUGGACAUUGAUGCAGCUGAGGAAGACUUAGACACCAGGCAGGAGAUGACUGCCGAACUCAGCGAGAGCAAUAUUAAAGCAGAGGCCACUGAGAAAACUGCUAAAGCCCAAGAAGUGCCUGAGCCCAAGAGAAACAACUUCACAGGUGUUGCCAUAGCUACUGCCGCCGCUGUACUUGCCGCUGCUGCCUCAAUGCUCUAUCUCAAUGAUGUUUGA